CCUGGCGCUUCCGCUCUUCUCUCUCGUCUGCAGGUGGCGAUGGCAACGGGGCAGGUGUUGUUCCAUCGGUUCUUCUACUCCAAGUCUUUCGUCAAACACAGUUUCGAGAUUGUUGCCAUGGCUUGUAUUAAUCUUGCAUCAAAAAUCGAAGAAGCGCCCAGAAGAAUAAGAGACGUGAUUAAUGUGUUCCACCACCUACGCCAGUUAAGAGGAAAAAGGACUCCAAGCCCCCUCAUCCUUGAUCAGAACUACAUUAACACCAAAAAUCAAGUUAUCAAAGCAGAGAGGAGGGUGCUAAAGGAGUUGGGAUUUUGUGUUCAUGUCAAGCACCCCCAUAAGAUCAUUUUUAUGUAUUUACAAGUCUUAGAAUGUGAACGUAAUCAAACCCUGGUUCAAACUGCCUGGAAUUAUAUGAAUGACAGUCUUCGAACCAAUGUAUUUGUUCGAUUUCAACCAGAGACUAUAGCAUGUGCUUGCAUCUACCUUGCAGCUAGAGCUCUUCAGAUUCCAUUGCCCACUCGUCCCCAUUGGUUUCUUCUUUUUGGUACUACUGAAGAGGAGAUCCAGGAUAUCUGUGUAGAAACUCUUAGGCUUUAUACCAGGAAAAAGCCAAACUAUGAAUUACUGGAAAAAGAAGUAGAGAAAAGAAAAGUGGCCUUACAAGAAGCCAAAUUAAAAGCAAAGGGAUUGAAUCCUGAUGGAACUCCAGCCCUUUCAACCCUUGGUGGAUUUUCUCCAGCCUCUAAACCAUCAUCACCAAGAGAAGUAAAGGCUGAAGAGAAGUCACCUAUCUCUAUUAAUGUGAAGAUGGUCAAAAAAGAACCUGAAGACAGACAGCAGGCUUCCAAAAGCCCUUAUAAUGGUGUAAGAAAAGACAGCAAGAGAAGUAGAAAUAGCAGAAGUGCAAGUCGAUCAAGGUCAAGAACACGAUCACAUUCUAGAUCACAUACUCCAAGAAGACAGUAA